AUGGAAUCAAAAAUUCAAAAUCAAUCUGAUGAUUCCCAAUCAAUGGAUGUGGAAACAGAGCCAGAGGAGCCAAUAAUGACUCCUUUUGAGUUUUUUAUGAGUCUGCCUCGAAAUGUGCCAGAUCCAGGGCAGACCCAUCUACCUCCAAAACGUCGAAGCACCCCAAAACGCACUUUAGUGCUAGAUCUUGAUGAAACCUUAGUUCACAGCGAUAUAGCACCUACACAAACAUAUAAAGAAGUGGUCAGCUUUAUGAGCCAUGGAAGACUUUGCAAUGUCUAUGUGAGCUACAGGCCAUUUUUGCUUGAAUUUUUAAAAGCAGCUUCUCAAAAAUUCGAAGUUGUUGCUUUUGCAGUAGGUCUUUUGGUCUGAAAUUUUUACUUUCUAGGCGUACUCGAACGGUCUACUUUUAUUUGAGAAAUUUAUUCAUCAAUACGAGAAAAAAUUUCUGCAGGAUAAUUGUCCCUAAUUCCCCUCCCUUUAAAUUGGAACUAAACAUCGGUAAAAUUUGUACUUUGCCUCUUUAAAUUUGAAAAAUUUGUUUCUCAAUGGGGAAAAUUAUGAUGAUGAAAAUACUAAUUUUUAUAAAUUAGUUUGGACAUAAUUUAAUAAUCAAAAUGCAAGCAGAAUAUUAUUUAAACAGUUUUCAAACUGAAUCGGUUAAUUUUUUAUUUAUUCUUCAUAAAAAUAAAUUAAAAUUCAAAGUAUUGCUUAAAAUUUAAAUUUUUUUAAAAAAAAAGUAAAAGAUGAAAUUACUAAUUUUUAUAAUAUUAGUUUUGACCUAAAUUUAAUAGACAAAAUACAAGUAGGAUUUUAUUUAAACAGCUUUCACACUGAAUCUAUUGAUUUUUUAUUAAUUUUUAUAAAACAAAUUAAAAUUCAAAGUAUUGUGGUCAUAUUAUAUUUUUUAAACAUUUUUUAUAGAAAAAAAUUUAAAAAAAAUAAUUAACCCACUUUAAAUUGGAACAGGAUUUUUUGUUCCAAUUUAAAGAGGUGAGUAAGCAAAAUUAAGAGCCAUGCUUUUUACAGCGUCACAGAAAGCAUAUGCUGACCAAGUGUUAAAAAAUAUUGACCCACAGAGAAAAUUGAUAAAGCAUAGGCUAUAUCGAGAGUCUUGCUAUGAAUAUAAAGGAAAUUAUAUUAAAGAUUUGAGAGUUUUAGGCAGAGACUUAAAAGAUGUUAUCAUUGUUGAUAACUCAGUUUUAUCGUUCGCGUUCCAGCUUGACAAUGGAAUACCAAUUCUUUCAUGGUUUAAUGACCCUGAAGACAGAGAGUUGUGUAAUCUUGUUACAUUACUGGAUGAAUUAAAUAGUGCGCCUGAUAUUAGACCUGCGUUAAAAGCAAGUUAUGAUCUAUCAAGGUUCGGUUAA